CCUUUAUUCCCAUGACUUCCCCUCCUCAUUUACCACCAUCCUCUAUCAUGGCGUCCACCGAGCCUGUCAUCGACAAUCCCACUGAGCCUUCUAUCAAGCUUCUAACUGGGGUCCCAGCUGAGACUUACACUGCGAAUCCCACCGCAUCUCCCACCGAGCCUGCCAAAGACCUCGUCUCCGAGACCCCUACCGAGGCUUCUUGUGAGAGUUGCACUGAACAUACUACUGAGGCUUCCGUCAAACCUGUCAGCAUGCCAGCCCCUGCAACUUCUACUGAGACAACCGAGUCUUCCACCCGCACUACCGAUGAUCCCGUCUCCGAGUCCUCUACCAAAACUACCAUCGAGCUUUCUACUGAGAGUUGCACUUCGCCUGCCACUGAGUCUUGCGAUGAACCUGUCAACAUAACCACCACCGGGACAGCUCCUGAGCCUACAGCCGAGUCUCUCACCCAGCCUGCCAGUGUCACCAUCUCUGAGACUUUCAUCAAGUCUUCAACCGAGCCAUCAUCCGAGCCUAGUGGUGAAGCUUCAACUAAUAACGCCCCAAGCGAGACCUCCAAGCAGUCUGGCAGCGAGAAGAUCAUGGCAUACGAACCUGAGGACACUCCCAAACAUCGGGCAGAAAUGGAAGAGCUACGUGCGAGUGGUAUGCUCACUAAGCGCUCCACCGUACCUUGCUCCGCAUGCUCUUUCAGUCCUGAACGACAGAGGUGCUGCAACUACGAGAGUCAUGUCAAGAUCUUCUACGAAGCUGGCGAUCGCGGCGUUUGGGCCUUGGGCUCCGACCUUAUCCUCAAGGACCGUGGCCCUAGUUGUCCGACCGAUGAAAACGCAAACAUUCGUUUCGUGAAGAAGAACACCACCAUUCCUGUUCCUACUGUGAUCGCGCAUCACCAGGAAAGUGACGGUCACGCUUUGACUGUCAUGAAUCGCGUUCCUGGAGAAAACCUCAGUGAGGCUUGGUCUAAGCUAACCGACAACCAGAAAGAGAACAUAGCGAAGCAGACUGCCGAGUAUCUCCUCCAGCUCCGCUCCCUCCAAUCUGAUCGUGUCGAAGGAGUAGACGGCCGCCCUGUCUACGAUGGCUGGUUGUACAAGGAAAAGGGUCGCCAUAAUGCUCCAUGUCCUCCUAUGAUGUCUGAUGACGAAGUGUGGAAUGGGUUGGCGGUCCAUCUGGAUCCAGCCGUUUCCGAGUCAGCCCGCCGCCAGCUUCGACGCUACAUGCCACCCACUCAACCUUUUACCUUCACCCACAAUGAUCUUACCCACGUCAACAUCAUGGUGCAGAGUGGUGAGGUGGUGGCAAUCAUUGAUUGGGAGAGAGCCGGCUUCUUUCCUGUUUGGUGGGAGUAUGUUUGUACAAUGGCAACUCAUGCAGGGAAAGAAGACUUUGAAUGGAGCAAGCUACUGCGCAAGCACAUGCCCGAGAUGGACGAUGCUCAUGACUUUUUCCUGUACUACUAUCAUCUGUGCGUCGACAUGGAGAGUGAUGCAGCAAAGAAGUUCAUUGCCAUGUCCGAAGAGUAUGACUCUGAAAAGGAUGAGUCUGAGGAGGAUGAGUCCAAAGAGAUUAAGUCGUGAGAUUUGUAGUCUCUAACGGAUGUUCUAGGUUCCUGCCUGUUCUACUUAUAUCCUUUGCUUGCUGUCACAAAUGCACAAGGCGUUUCCUAUGAUCACGUCAUGUUAUGUAUCUACUAUGACCAAUUUGCU